CAGCGCCCACCACCCACAUAUACACACCCAGACGCGCGUUCUACGACUUCCUCUCCUCUCUGUGCCCCCCUCCUCGCCAGCUCCUCCCAAGAAGAGAUCUGGAGAAGAGAGAAGAAGAAGGCCAUUGUUGCUAGCGACCCACCUUCUCUUUCUGCAUCUUCCUUGCCUGGUCGCCAUGGCCACCAUCCUGGAGAACAUCCAGAAGGCGCGGUUCCUCCCGACGAGGCCGCUCAGGGACGACCUGCCCACCUUCCAGGGCGGCAAGGAGGAGGAGAGCCACCUCAUGGGGCUCAGGAAGAGGCUCUCCAGCUUCUCCGGCAAGAUCCAGCCCAUCUCCUCCGCGUCCGCCGAGUGGGCGUUCCGCCGGACCCGGUCGGCGCCGUCGCUCGCCGCCGAGUUCGCCGGGGGGCCGCUCAAGCGCUGGUGGGACUGGGGCCUCGGCUGGCUGCUCUCCAAGAAGCUCGGCUUCGCCGGCGACCUGGAGAUGAACGAGGAGGAGGCGGCCGCGCUCGGCCGCGGCAGUCGGGGCACCUGGGCCCACGUCCUCUACAAGGUGCGCUCCGGGGUCCGCCGCCUCGUCGCGUCCGACCACUCGCUGCCCACCACGCAGCGCCUCAGGGGCGCCUCGCUGCCCGCGUCCUCCGCGCACAGGGCCGCCGCCCAGCAGUGCAAGCCCGCGCCGCAGUUCGCCUACACCCAGAGCUUCCAGUACAGCCAGGCAAUGGCGCAUUAAGCAGUUUGCUUUGCAUAUUGUUCUGGUAGUGUCCGCGAGAUCCAAAUAGAUACGACGACGGGAAGGAGGCUCGUGAAGAAGGAGAAGAUUCAGGUCUCAGGUGAGAUCGAUGGUUAAGAUGGCUCGCAACACGAUUAUAUCUGGGAAUUUAGAAUUGUAGUUUACCCUGCUGCUUUCUUUUCUUUUUUGUGGGUAGAUCUGAUGUCUCUACAUAUAAUAGAUACCGAGUGUAUGCUGCUGGUUCUUUCCAUUCUUUUGGGUUCGUGGGUGCCAUGUAAAUGUUGGUGGAUUCCUUAUGUUUUUGCCUCCUGCGGUAAAUAAAAAGCUAAUGCAGAUUCGUGGUCGA